CUGCGUGCUGGCAAGAUGGUCAUGCUCCAGGGAGAGGUGCCUCAGGAUGCACGCAGGUUCCAGGUGGACUUCCAGUGCGGCUGCAGCCAGCACCCCCGGCCAGACAUUGCCUUCCACUUCAACCCUCGCUUCCACACCACCAAGCCCCACGUCAUCUGCAACAGUCUGCACGGGGGGCACUGGCAAGCCGAGACCCGGUGGCCGCGCCUGGCCCUGCAGAGAGGUGCCAGCUUCCUCAUCCUCUUUCUCUUUGGAAACGAGGACGUGAAGGUGAGUGUGAACGGAAAGCACUUCCUCCACUUCCGCUACCGGCUCCCGCUGUCACGGGUGGACACCCUGGGCAUAUCCGGUGACGUCUCCGUGAGGGCCGCGGCAUUCCUGAACAGCAGCCCCUUCAUGGAGGGUGGCAGUGAAUACCCAGCUGGACACCCCUUCCUGUCCGAAAGCCCGUGUCUGGAGCCGCCCUGCUCCCGUGUGCUCCCCCGGGGACUCUGGCCAGGGCAGACCAUCACUGUGAGGGGACUGGUCUUGCCAGAGCCUAAGGAUUUCACGCUGAGCCUGCGCGACGGGGCCGCCCACGUACCUGUGACGCUCAGGGCUUCCUUCACAGACAGAACGCUGGCCUGGAUCUCGCCCUGGGGAAGGAAGCAGCUGAUCUUGGCCCCCUUCCUUUUCUACCCCCAGCGAUUCUUUGAGGUGCUGCUCCUGUGCCAGGACGAUGGGCUGAAGCUGGCACUCAAUGGGCAGGGUGUGGGGGCCACCAGCCUGGGCCGGCAGGUCCUGGAGCGGCUGCGGGAGCUCCGUGUCAGUGGCAGCGUCCAGCUCUACUGUGUUCACUGCUGAACACAGUGGAUCUGGCUAGAGAAGGGGAGGGCAGCCUGCCCCCAGCAUGGGCCCCUCUUCUCCUCCCAUCAAACUGACCUGUGUCCCUACUAUGCCAGGUAGAGCAGCUUCGGGAACCAGGAGCCUGAGUCUGAGGGGGUGCUGGCCCCACAGCACCCUCUGAUCUCCCCCCCUAGCUAGGGUGUAGCUCCAUCUUCUUCAUGGCUUCCACAAGGAGGACACACGUUCCAGUUCAGUGGCUCAAAGGAUAUAGACACUCAUGUCAUUCUCAGCGCACAGCUCUGGGGAGAACGGCCAAGGAGAGUAGGCAGGUCUGCUCCUGCUGGCCCCAGGCUGGGCCUGGCCAUCGUCCCACUUCCAAUUCAACACCACCUGUGUCCAGAGCUUAGUUACCUCCGUGUCUAAGUGUCACCCUCCAAGAAACAGAAUGUGGACUAGGCGUCCCAGACUUCAUUAGCCCCGGGUAGGGGGUGGGCCCAUGGGCUCACACCCCCACGUGCCACUCAGUCACACUAGCCACGCUGACUUCAGAGGGCUGGAGGCACCCAUGGGGUGACCAGGUGCCUGGGUACACAUCUAUAGCCAUGAGGAAAAGGGCAUGGACUCUGGAGGUAGCUGCACGCCCUGUGCUAAUAUUCUGCCAGCAAGGAAACUCAGGCACAGAGAGACUAAGUGAAAGGGAAAGAGAGACCAGCACCAAGGAAACAGCAAGGCUGCUAAAGACAAAAUAACUUAAUAAUUACUAAUUAUGCAUUUUAUAUAUAGUGACAGGUCACAUAUCUGUAUAGAGUAGUAUACAUUAUGCAUCUUGUAAUAAAAUCUGCCACAUGGCUUCACAUGUAUAAACAUGCCCUUUAUGCUGUUGGCGAGAAUCUCAUGUAAAGUUGACAAUAGAAGACUGUUUCCUUCUGGCAUUUAUUCAGUGUGCACUGGUAUUUAUUUAGCUGCCAUGUUUUUAUCCCCUGCUGCC